AGUAGACUGAGAGAGAGUAAAUAGAGAAAAGCCCUAAGAUGGCGGAGCCAAUGAGCCUCAUUCACUUUAGCUCGGCGACGAAGAGCUCGCUCUCCAAACCCAAGGAGUCGAAGCCGUCGUCCGAAAACCGACCGCAGUCUUCCCGGGACCACCAGCCUCCACCAGCUAAAAAAGUACGAAGCGAAGAGAAGAGCCUCAAGCCUAAGAAGCUGAACGGUGAAGGCGGAGGAGGAGGAGAGGAGAAGCAGCACCAGAAGCAGCAGCAGAGUUAUGGCAGCCCGACAACAUGGAGCGUCUCUCCGGUCAAGCCGAGCAGCCCCGCUCAGCAGGCUCAGCCUCCCCUCCACAAAGUGCACAGUGUGUUCAAGCAGAGCGCCUUCCUCGCUUCGCCUCCCAAACCCAAGAAGCCGAAGGAAAAGCGACAGCACGACAAGGAGCGAGAAAAAGAGAAGAGGAAACACAAGUUGGAGAGCGGCGGCGGCGGUCUGGGGAACGCCGCGGUGGUGAAGAAGGAGAACGGAGAGCUGAAGCUGGUGCAGAAAGAGCACAUCAAGGACAAACUGAAGGAGAGAGAGAGGGAGAAAGAACGAGUGCGGGAGAGGGAAAAGAAAAAGGAAAGGGAUAAAGACAAGGAACAAGUAAAAGACAAGGAGAGAGAGAAGAAAAAACACAAACUGAUGAAUGAGCUCAAACAAGAGAACGGAGAAGUGAAGCUGCUGCAGAAAGUUGAUACGGAGAAACCGAAGGCCAAUGCAGAGGAGCUGCUGCUCAAAAAGGCGAAGAAGAAAAAGAAAAAGAAACACAAAGAGGCCGAGAGACGGAAGCGACCCAAGAUGUACAGCAAGUCCAGUCAGACGCUGUAUUCGGCUCUGCUGAGCCCAGAACUCCCAGUGAUGCUGUCCAAAUCGGAGACCGAGUUCAAAUCCCCGUUUCCUGUCUGUAAAACACUCACGCUGUCCUCCUCCUCUUCUACUGCCACUGUCCCGCAGGAGAAGAGCAGCGGCUCCAAGUCCAGCUCUGGAGUCGGGGACACUGGGGCAGCAAGCAGUGGGAAAACUUCCCAGCUCCAUUCUCGACUCCCGGGGCUGGACGGUUUAGAAUUUGGCCGCUUUGUGCAUGUGGAGCAGCAGCCGAACGGCGGUGCCCUGGUCGUCCACGCCUAUAGCCGUGAGCUUGCCGUUCUCUCGCCCGAGGAGAUGCAAAGGUUCGCUCAUGAAUUUGUGACGCUGGCGUUCUGCGAGGACCACGAUGGAGCUGCGCACUACGUCAUGGGCAUCGUCCAUGGAGCUGCCUCCUACCUCCCUGACUUCCUGGAAUAUUUUUCUACCAAAUUCCCCAAUUCACCUGUGAAGAUGGAGAUCCUUGGCAAGAAAGACAUUGAAACGACCACCAUGGCAAAUUUCCACGCUCAGGUAAAGAGAACCUAUUCUCAUGGGACAUACCGUGCCGGGGCCAUGCGCCAGAUCAGUCUGGUGGGAGCCGUGGACGAGGAGGUGGGGGAUUACUUCCCAGAAUUCCUCGGCAUGUUACAGCAGUCCCCCUUCCUUGAACGGACAUUGCCAUGGGGAACAUUCUCCAGUCUGACGCUGAAAAGCCCUACAGAUAGUGAUGACGGGCCAAUCAUGUGGGUUCGGCCUGGAGAGCAGAUGAUCCCGGUCACUGAUAUGCCAAAGUCUCCUUUCAAAAGGAAAAGGUCAACCAAUGAAAUCAAGAACCUGCAGUACCUACCUCGGACGAGUGAGCCUCGUGAGAUGCUGUUCGAAGACCGGACACGUGCUCACGCUGACCACAUCGGACAGGGUUUUGAGAGGAAAACCACUGCUGCAGUGGGUGUGCUUAAAGCUGUACGGUGCGGAGAGGGGAUGGAGCCUCCUCGUAUUACCAAAGAUGUGGUCUGCUUCCACGCUGCAGAUUUUAUAGAUGUUGUGCAGAGAUUACAGCUGGAUCUGUAUGAGCCGCCGCUGUCGCAAUGUGUCCAGUGGGUGGAUGAUGCCAAGCUGAACCAGCUGAGGCGUGAGGGCAUCCGUUACGCUCGCAUCCAGCUGUAUGACAACGACAUCUACUACAUCCCACGCAGCGUGGUCCACCAGUUUAAGACGGUGUCGGCUGUGUGCAGCCUGGCCUGGCACGUCCGCCUCAAACAGUAUCACCAAGAUGCAGAGGAAGAGCAGGAAGAUGAGGACAAGAAGCCCAUCACCUCCCCCUCCACGCUUAUCAAACAGGAUCCUUUGUGUGAAGCUCGGAGUGUGCCAGCUUCUCCUCCCAUCACCGACCCCAAACAGGCCAGAGAUGGCCCUCCUGUGGCCCAGAUCAAGAUGGAGGAGGCGGAGCUUCUCCCUGAUAGGACGCCAACUGUCCCCUCUUCCAGCGCAGCGGCACCACCGUCGGCUCCUGUAUCAGACCAAGCCAAAGCACACCAUCACUCAGAAUGCCGUGUUGCUCCUUCACACACGCUCACCCCGAGGUCAACGCCUGGCCUGAGCGCUGCACCCACCAAGCACACACACACCUCGACACCAACCAAACAUACCUACAGCUCUGCGUCAAUAAAACACACCCACUCCAGUUCAGCGGGCAGACAUGGCCACUCUUCCAUCAUGUUCAAAUCGACCCACUCUUCUAACACGAUGCCCACCAAACAGGUGCACGUGUCCAACACAACCAAACACCCACACACUACUUCAACAGCCAAACACGUUCAUUCACACAAUCCCAAAACCAGCUCCGGACAUUCAGACAUUCGGACUGCCUCGCCCCAGUCGCAGGCUCCGCCCCAGUCAAGUUCAUCUCAGCCACAGGUUGUGUGCCAAUCAUUUCCAUCACAAUCACAGGUUCUUCAUCAAUCAGUUCAGCCUCCGCAGCAGUCGUCGUCUUGGCCGGAUAGAGCCUCGGACUCUCUUCACCCGAAGGUCACCCCGCAGGACACUCGGCCACACCAGCCUCUUGGUCCCCUUUCUCAUGAACAGCAGAAAGACUUUUUAUGCUGAUUUGUACAUAAGUGUUUUUAACGGCUUUUUCGGUUUUAUCUUUUUUUUUUCCCUUUUUUUUUCUUUUAUCACUUUUUUUUGGUUUGACUUUUUGUUUCUAUUGAUGCAAGGAGAUGACGCUAAAAGGAAAAGUGGGUCUGAUUCCAACAACGACGCGAGACGGAAGGAUAUCCAGUUUGGCUGUAACCGAUCGAAUCCACAGCAAAUGUAGCGAAUAACAUUCCUCAGUGCCUGCCUGUAACUGUGAACUGUCGUCAGCACUUAGGGCCAGCUGCACUGCUACUCUGCAGGUCGGACAAAAAACAUACCCAAACAGGUCCUCGAAUAAUAUAUUUUUAAGUUGUAGGCUAUAGCUGUGUAUUAGAGCUGACAUGAACAUAUAUAUAUUUUUAAGAUGAGACGAGACAGACUUCUUUUAAUGACUCCAGGCUUUUCCAUAGAGCUUAUUUAUAUCAAGUUUGUUUUUUGUUUAAUUUUUGUCAGCACUGUAGUGUAUAUAACAUUUUUUUCUAAGAAAAUGUGUAGUUUGAUUUAUAUCUAAUUAAGAACCUUGUAAUAAAAAAAAGUUCUUGAGAUUUGGAUUAUUGUCAUGUAAACAAGGGCUACACUGAAUGAUCAUGUGCAUAAUGCAGACUGACUCUGAAAGGUGUGGGCUUUCCAACCUCCAUAGAACAUGUCCACUGUCAUCAUUAAUCCAUCAACCUUUCUCUACUGACUCUGUGUAGACAUAAGACAACGAUGUUUAAAGAUAAAUGAAGAUUAAAAGCGUAGGAUCACUUCACAAGGAGAUUUAUUAUUUUGUACUGUUGUCAAAAUGUAUUUUAAGUUUGCGUUUGUCCAGUUCACAGCUGGUGACUGAUCCUGUGCUGAGAUCAGGGACGGAGCGUGUCUCAGGGUUAGGGACACGAAGCCAUGGGGCUGGAACUGAAGCGUGCGCGUGUGUGUUUUUGUUGUACAUCAUGGCCACCCUUGCUAAGGAGUGUGUUCCAGUGAGUGUGUCAGGGGUGUGUGUGUGUUGUACAUCAUGUGUGUCAGAGGGGUGUGUCCUGUGUGGGAUCUGGCCAUUGCUGCUCUAACAGUCCUGCACGUCUUUCAUCCAACAAUAAAAUGCUUGUCAUUUCCCAUUG